UUUGAUCCAAAUAGUCGCUCGUCAGUUUAAUGCGUGUGGAGUUAUAACGGAACUAAAAGAAAAACUUAAAAACAGUCAUAAAAUAAAAAAUGUUUACAACGCGAUAUUUGUUAAUAUUCAGCUUGCUUGUGAUUUGUGCCAUAAGUAGUAGUUUUACUGCUGUGGCAAAUCCUACAUCAAUUUCGGAUUACGAGCAACCCUCCCGACGAUUAUAUAAAGCACACGAAUUGUGUUUGCCGAUCGUUACCGACGUCUCAUCAGCUGAAAGCGAGCAGGGCAUGCAAAGAGCUGCCACCUACAUUCGCUGCAUGGUUAGCAAUAUGGGCUUAUGGACCGACAGCGUUGGCUAUAAAGCUAAAAGAGUAGCGAAAUUUUUCAUGAAACAACAUAGCGAACACGAAGUCAUGGCUUUGGUCGAGUACUGUAAUCAAAAAAAUCAACAGGAAAAUCUGGAUUUAUGGGCUUUUGAAGCAUAUCGUUGUGCGACAGCCGGACGAAUGGGCACUUGGUUGGGAGAAUAUGUGCUGAGCGCGAAAUUGUAGUGAGAGGAGGAGAGAGAAAGUAUUUCAAGCUAAUUUAACUUUGAUAAAACAAAAAUAUAAGUAUUAUAAUUAUGGAUUAUUGAAAAGUAUACCAUUAUGGUGUGACAUAUUUUCAAAUAGUACCCAAGAAAUAAGAUUUUAAUUAUUAAUAUUAAAUUUAUUAAACAAGAAUAAAUCUGAAAAUUUAUUUUUCAAAAUUUUCCUGUGCAUUACCGGGUAUGUACAUUCAUAUGUAUAUAUGUUUACUUAUACAUUUGUCAUAUAUAAUAAAAAAGUCAAUAUUUUUUCCAUA